UGAAUGAAUGAAUGAAUGAAUGAAUGCAUUGAAGGCAUCAAUCGAUUGACUCAAUGAUUGCUUUAAUAUUUGACUAAAAUUGUUGUAAACAAACACAAGACUAAAGAUAUUUGAAGAUAACUGAAGACAUUGUGUUAAUGACAACAAAUGCCGUCAAAAGCUGAAGACAUCCUCAAUGGGUUUCGAGUAAAUUGGAUGAAUUUAAGAGAUGCGGACAACGGACAGAUCAUUUGGGAGGAGAGCACCGAUUUAUCCAAACCUGACAAAGAACAUGAAGCUCGAGUGCCAAAAAGUAUACUAAAAUGUCGGGCCGUUUCCCGAGAGAUCAACUUUUCUUCUAUUGAAGCGAUGGAAAAGUUUCGGUUAGAACAGAGGGUUCUCUUCAAAGGCAAAUGUCUCGAAGAGUGGUUCUUUGAGUUUGGAUACGUUAUCCCUAACUCAACCAAUACGUGGCAAUCGCUGAUAGAGGCGGCACCCGAAAGUCAAAUGAUGCCGGCGAAUGUACUCAAUGGUAAUGUCAUAAUUGAGACCAAAUUUUUUGACGACGACCUGUUAGUCAGCACUUCUAAGGUUCGACUCUUUUAUAUAUGAAAAUUAGACAAAGAGUUAGAGUCACACAACACAUCUGUCGAUAAAUCAUUAAUGACAACCUCCUAACCAAUUGAUGUCCAUUCCUCAGUCGUCCCUAACACACACAUAUAUAUAUAUAUCUAUGAAAUCAUUAUUUAAUUUUAUUAAUGUUGUUUGAGUUUUUGUUAUUUAAUGUAUUUAUAAUGUCAUUCAAAUGAAAAUUUUAUAUAAAUUUGAUUAUCCGCUCUCUAAUUAUAAUUGUUUAUUAUUUAUUAUUAUUUGCUAUUUUUGUUAUUUUCUAUUAUCGAUUA